GUCUAGGCAAAGCCAAUGCCAAAUAUCCUCGAGGGAUAGCACCUGCUGGGCUCAACGCUUUGAGGCCGCACUUACAAAGUUGCUUGCCCUGGCGCUCCAACACGAUCCAACCCUCCCCUGCUCCAGUCUCCUCUCCCAACCUCGCUCACGACACAAUGCGCUCACAGCCCGUCCUGCACACUGCCACCCCGCUAUUCCACACUUGACUGAACAGGGAGUAACUACAAAUGGAGCGAAUUGAGGACGGAUACGUAAAAUGCGCCUCCCAGGUCACUGCAGACUUGCUGGCAUGCAGCAUCCGCUUGCAGAGGCUUCUCGCAGCUGCAGACCUGUUCCCUCUCGGCGGCCUGUAUGAGGGGCACUAUGCGGAGCAGGCCAUCCGUCGAUACUGGGACCUGUGGAUGCCGCUGCUGUUGCAGCACCAGAGGACGCGCGAUCCCGCCCAGGCCGCACUGCUGGUGGCGCCGCUGGAUGUCCAGUGGGCCUGGUUCGUGCACCGGCUCAACCCCAACAAGUACUUGGACGACUGCCGCGCGCGCUUCGGCCGGGAGCUGCACCCCGCCAGCCCACAGCAGGCACUGGGAUUCAGCGGCUGCGGCCUAGGCUGUAGCAGCAGCAGCAGCGGCAGUAGCAGUAGCAGCGCCUGUGGCGCCGGCAGUAGCAAGGGGCCGCACACGGGCGCUGGCGCUGUGUCGGCAGCCGGCGGCGUGCAAGCCCUGAGCGAGAGCGAGGAGUACACGCGGCGGGCAUGGGCAGCCGCCUACCCCGCGGGCCCAGGUCUGCCGCCGGAGCACCUGCACUGGCCGCCCGCGCCCGCCUGGCUCCCAGGGGCGGCAGCAGCAGCAGCAGCAGCAGCAGCAGCAGCGGGGGCACAACACGCCGCCCGGCACACGCCACGGCAGGCGACAUCAGGACCCACUGGGGACAAGGAGCAAGGGGCUGCUGGCGCGGGGUCUGGCGCAGGUACCGGGCCACCCCUGGAGCAGGCGGCGGCGGCGGCGGCGGCGGUCAAGGACGAAGGCGGCCAGGACCAGGGCAGGGCGGCGGCGGCAGCUGGCAGCACGGCCUCGGUGCGCAGCUACGUGAUUGAGGCCAUGCCGCGACAGGGCCGCUUCCUGCACCAGGUGCUUCGCGCCCCCUACUUCAGCCACUCCUGGCUGGCCGCCGGCGUGCGCCGCUACCUGCGCUUCCUGGCCAUGGCCCGCAGCCGGGCGCCCGGGGAGCCACUGCUGGUGCCCAUGUACGACAUCGACCUGGCGUGGCAUUCGCACAUGGCCCUCAGCGGCGCCUACGCCGCAGACUGCCGCGCGCUGCUGCCCAGUGGCAGUAGCAGUGGCGGCAGUGGCGACAGUGGCGGCGGCGGCGGUGGCGGCGGCAGAGUGCUGGGGCAUGACGACGGGCUGGCGGGGCCGGCGCUGGCUGACCCCUUCGCCUACACCCGCCGCAAAUACGAGACGGAUCUGGGUCUGAUGUACAACGUGGCACCCACACGCCGCAUACCCACCAGCCUGGCACACCCCCUGGUGGCCGCCGUGUGGCCCCUGGCCGCCGUGCUGGUCGACCCCCGGCCGCCCGCGCCGCCGCCGCCGCCGCCCCGCGCCGUGCGGGCCCAGCUGUCGGGCCAGGCGCGGGAGCCGCCGCGGCUGCUGUCCUGCACAGUGGUGGCGGCUGACGGCGGCGUGUCCUGGGGCCCCGGCGGCGCCCGCAACCCCGAGGCGGCGGCGGCGGCGGCUUUGGCUGGCAGUAGCAGGCGCAGCGGCAGCAGCAGCCACAAGGGCAAGGCGGCAGGCGCGGCUGGAGGUACAGCCGGUGGCAGUAGCAGCGCCGGGGGCGCGAAGGGCAGCGCCGGGUUUGCUACAGCCACAGGCGAGUGGGCGCGGUGCAUGCUGGGCAGUCCCGACCACGUGAAGCGCAGCGGCGCUGUCGGACUGUUCGCGCUGUGGCGGCUGGCGGAGGCGCUGAAGCAGCUGGCUGGGCCGGGCGUGGGCGUCGGCAGUAGCAGCGGUAUCGGCAGUAGCAGCAGCGACAGCCGCCGUGGCGGUGGCGGCAGUAGCCGUGGUGCAGGCGGUGGCGGCGGCGGUGGCGGCUGGGGCGGGAGGCCCCACCUGUUCAGCUGCCUACUGGGCGGGGGCGGGGGAGUGGAGGAGGCACGUGUGGAUGCGGCAUUGAGCUGCAUGACUGCCGACCUGCUGCACCUGUGCGACCCCGCCCACCCGCACUCGCCAGUCACCUCCAAUGACCACACCUUCUGGCGCGCCCUGUUCCCACUUCCCGCGGAGGGGGAGGGCAAGGCAGAGCCGCGGACGCCGCCGGGGGCAGGCGCCGCCAGCAAGGCCAGCUCCGCCUCCGCCUCCACGUGUGGGGCGGCGGAGCCGUCCUCCUCCUCGUCCUCCAAAGCAGUGGCCACGGGUGGCACGGCGUGCUCCCCACACGGCCCCACACCAGUCGGAACUGACACAGAUACCCCCGGCGUCACCAUCAACAUCACCGCUGCUGCCUCCGUCGGAGCCGCCGCGCCGCCUGCCGCCCCCACCACCUCCCCAUCCUGUCACCCCGGCGCAACGCCGGCACCCGAGUUACUCCCUCCGCCGUGGCUCCCGGCGCCGCCGCGCCCGUCGCGCUUCCCGGCGCCGCCGCCCGCGCUGGACGUGCCGGCCGGCUUCGCGCCCGCCGGCGCCCGCGACGUGGACUGUGUGUGGCUGGCUCCCCACCACUGGGUGCUGCAGGCGCCCGUGUUCUACACACACGCCGACUUCUGCGCCCUGGGCCGCGGCAGCUGGUGCCUCCCGCCGCGCCUGGCCAACCCCGAGGCGUCCGGCGGCAGUGCCGACCCGCGACACCUGCUGCCGCUACAGCCGCUACAGCCGCAACAAGAGCCCCUGGGCAGCACCACCUCCUCAGGCUCGAGCGGCACGCAGCAGCAGCGGCAGCAGCAGCGGCAGUACGCGGAUGCUGGGGAAGACUUUUAUUUCGAGUGGGAGGAGGAGUGGGAUGUGGCAGGGGGUCGUCGCGGUGGCCGUGGGGGGCGGGGUCGUGGGCGCGGCAGUAGCAUCAACGCGCUGGGCGCAAUUGUGCACUCGCCGCUCUGGCACAAACGGCUGUUGCGGUGCUACAGCCGGGUUUAUGCCGAGCUGAUGCGGCGGCGAAAGGCGGCUCAGCCGGACCGUGCUACUGCCCUUGCCUGGGGGCUGCCGGUGUGAGGCAGUGAGGCGGAGGUGGGGAUGCGAGUGUUCAACGAAUGUUACAGAGCCUGUUGCGCUUCAGCACAUGAUGCAACGAAUGUGACGAAUGUGUGCAACGAGCAACACGAGCAACCCUGUCUAGCGUGGCCCCGCGCCUUAACUCGUCAUGACGAGUUGGCUCAUCACACACACCUCAGUCACGCAGUGUUGUGGGCCUGAUCGUGGCCGCUGUAUGUGUCACCUUCUACGUGUCUACUCGUGGUGUCUACUGCAGGUGUGCCCCAGACAUGUGGUCCACCGACACCGUACGUCAUGUGUAUGUAACCACCAACAGCA